AUGAGCCACCUUUCCGGAAAAGCAAAACAUAUAUGUGCUGGUAUAGUCCCGGCGGCAGAUAAUUACGUAAUUAUUUGGCAAACUUUACAAGACAAAUACAAGGAUAACAGAGCUUUAGCUACGACAUAUCUAAAUCAGUUAUUUGCAUUAAAGAAUAUUAACGGUCCCUCUGCAAUAAAUUUAGAAAAUUUGGUAGAUAAAUACGCGGCCACGAUCGCAGCACUCAAACAACUUAAUAUAGAUAAUUUAAGUGACUUUAUUUUUGUUUACAUGGGCCUGGAGCUUGUAGAUUCCGAUACUGAGAAGUGUUUCGAAACAACAGUUCGUAGUCAAACGGACAUGCCUAAAUACGACGAUUUUUUUAAGUUCUUACGAGAACAGGUAAAAAUUUUGUAUCGAACCAGCACUUCAUCACAAACUCGUGGCAGUUCCAUGGCACCGCAUCCCAACCCGGGUAGUCGCCCAUCUAGCUCACGGGCUUUAACCGUGCCGCCACGCGUCUUAGUUUCCACGCAGCAGACCCAAGGUCGUACUAGGCCAUGUAAGCUUUGUAACAACACGGCACAUACGCAUCUCUAUGCAUGUAAACCCUUUGCUAACCUUUCGGCUGCCGACAAAUUUAAAUUCGUUAAGGACAAUCGUUACUGCGUUAAUUGUUUGAGUAACCAACAUACCUCUUUUUAUUGCAACUCAAACACUUCUUGUCGCAAGUGUAAUGCCAGGCAUCACACGUUGCUUCAUUUUGGAAAUGAAUCAUUUGCGGCGCAGUCUUGCACCGCCACUGUAGCCGUGAACGAGGAACAUGAUACUAGUGAAAUACUGAGCUCACUAGAACUUGAAGAAGAGUCCUCCUCCGAUCAAGUGCGUGACGGUUAUUUGGUUGGAGAAGGAAAUCUAGAAGUGUCGUAUUGCUCGUUGUCUUCUACAAAAUGCGAUUCAUCAUCAACAACGCAAGUUCUCGCAACCGCAAAGGUUUAUGCCACCGGUCGCGAUGGUCGCGAUGUAAUAGUUAGAUGUUUACUAGAUCCUGGUUCCCAGAAACAUUAUAUAACAACAAAAUGUUGUUCAAAACUACAGCUAAAGGUCGAAUCUAAUUCACCUGUAACGGUGAAGGGAAUAGAUGGCUCAUCACAGAUAGUCAAGGGGGCGGCAAACAUUUCUUUUCGAUCUCGAUUCAAUAAUACAAAAUUUAAUAUUCAGGCUCUAGUGUUAAAUCGAAUCACUAGUAAUUUACCAACGUGUAAUAUCAAUACUAGAUUCCUUGAAAAUCUGCGUAGUAUUCCCAUGGCGGACGAUGGCUGGGGUAUGCCAGGAGAAAUAGAUUUAUUAAUCGGUGUUAGUCUUUUUGCGGAGAUGCUACGACCUGGUAAAAUUAUCGGGGAACCCGGUUCUCCGGAUGCGCUUGAGACCGUUUUAGGAUACAUCAUUCUAGGAGAUGCUCCAGCGGUUAUCCAGGCUCAAGCCCCAGCAGUCGUAGCUUUUCAUGCUAUUUCAACAUCUGAGGUCGAGACUCUAGUUAAGAAAAUGUGGGAACUCGACGAAAUUGAUCCUAAGCAUAUCUUUAGUGCUGAUGAUAAAUAUGCGAAGAAAAUUAUAGCAAGACUGUCACGCGUGCUGCUUCCAGACGCUACGAAGUAG